ACGUAGCUCUAGGUGCGUGUGCGCGCAGGCGGAGGACCGAGCCGUGCCCGAGCGCAGAGCAGGCACAAGCCGCCAGGCGCGCACGAGAAGCCCAGAGAUUUUUACAGCUGUACUAGAACCUGCGAGGAGGCAGAGGAGCGUCGGAACUUCGGUGCGAACGAGUCCAGAGAUCCAAAAUGGGAGGCAAGCUCAGCAAAAAGAAGAAGGGAUACAACGUAAACGACGACAAGACCAAGGACAAGGAUGCUAAAGCGGAGGGAGCCUCUGCUGAGGAGAGCGAAGCCCCCAAAGAUGGCGCCCAGGCUGCCAGCGACGCCAAAGAGGUAGCGAACGACACGGCGGCCAAGGAGGCGCCGGCGGCCGACGCCGCGGCGAAAGAGGAGGAGAAAAACGCCACCAAGGAGCCCGAGAAAGCUGCCGCCAACGCCGAGCCCAAAACGGAGGCGCCCAAGAGCGCCGAGCCCGUCAAGGCCGAGGAGAAGGCGGCCGCUCCCGCCCCCAAGGAGCCCGAGGCCAAGGCCGGCGAGAGCAAGGACGAGGCAGACGCCAAAAAGACUGAGGCCCCCGCGGCAGCAGCCACCAAAGCCGAGGCGGCGCCCGCUGCCUCCCCCGACCCCAAGCCCACGGAGGCGGCGGCUCCCGCACCAGCAAAGGAGGCGGCCGCGGCCCCUAGUUCAACACCAGCCGCCGAACCCCCCGCCAAGGAGGCCAACGCCACAGAGGCACCAAGCAAGGAUCAAACCGUAGCAGUUCAAGAUUAAUGGACAGCUUCUUUUCGGAAAUGAAGAAAAAUAAAGUACCUAACUCAAUGGCAAUGAAGAUAAAAAGUAAAAAAGAAAUUAACUAGCCCGCCCAUAUUAUAACAACAGCAACAAUAAUAAUAAUAGUUGGGAUGUGGAUGAAUCGAGGACUGGAGCCACCACCUGGAGAAGUUGAUAGUUGCUGUUAUUAUUAUUAUUAUUAUUGUUGUGUUUUAUUCUAUUUUUUUCUGCUGUAGUAUUUGAACUUUGAUACGAGUCUGUGUUGGCCAUCCCUCAUCAUUCCACAUCAUCAUCCCUCCUCCUACACGGUCCAGAGGCCCAGGGGGCGCCCGUCCACCUGCGCCCUCUGCUCUGGCUGACAGGAAGGGGGCGUGGCCUCGGCCUCGUUCACUCUGCAUCUUGUGACGUUUGUGACCUUGGACGUUUGGUGUCGCUGGGUUGUCUCUCCAUCUUCCUCUUGGCGAUAACUGCCCACUUUUGUGAACGGCCAAAAUUGGGAAGAACGUGUGAAGGGAGGUUGUGACCUUUGGGAGAACCCGUGUUCAGGCUUUCUAAGACAUUGGAGAGGUUGAAAACUGCUGCCUCUGCAGAGCAAAACACUUUCUUAGUCCUAUAGAACAACGUAGAAUUUUUUGAGACGAACUUCUAGAUUUUGUAACCAAACCCUUAGGUGUAUUCUGAGUGGCCCAAGUGGUUUUUUUAACAUUUGUAAUAUGUAAAAUCUGCAAAGCCUCUACAGAUCUCUACAGUGUUCUUAGAAAGUCUGACGGAAAUAUCUGCUCUUCCAUCUGAGUCCUUCAGGAUUAUGACAUAUCCACUGCUGACCGGUGAAACAAGCUUUACAUCAACAGCGAGGUGAGGAUUAGCCGUGGCUUUGGGCUUUAGAUUCGGGCGUUUGCUUGACCUUGAAUUAGUUUAGUCUGGACGAAGAUAAACUAAUGAGAGAAUGAGCAGAAUGUGCUGAUUUGCGUGGUCAUAGCAGUAACAGGAGCAGCCUCACCUGAAAGGGGUUGAAGCAGGUCAGAAGACUCCAGCUGAGAUCACGGCAGGCUGUGUUUACUGCGCUUUGAGCAGCCGCUAGCAGCCUGGUCCCACUGGGGGCUUCCAGCGAGGGGUCCGCAUCACACUCCAACUUCCGUGGUCUGUGUUCUACACACACACGCCAGCUUUGCGCACACAGAGGACAGGCCUUUUGUUUUUCCCCUGUCAUAAGUACAUACACGGAUGCAGAUGCAGCGGUGGAAGGAAAAGGUACUGACAUCCAUCCUCAUGUAAAAGUAGCAGUCGCACUGUGGAAAUACAUUCAACUGUCACUGUAUUCAGCUGAAGGCAUCUAAUCUGAAUGAAGGAACAAACCAAACCAAAUUUUAGAACAGACUAAGAACUUUGUCUAUUUCAGGAGGUGUUGGUUUUUAUAGGUUAAAGACCGUAGGUGAGUUAAAGGAGGCUGAGAAGGAAACAAGGCAAGUAAUCCAGCGUUACCAGCAGUUACAGCGAGGUGUGCGUUUCCUGGUUUCCACCUUUACAUGUGCAGCUAUUAGUUUUUGCGUUUCAUGUUUAUUCUCAUCCAUCAGUUCCAUCCAUGACAUAACACUGAAACCGUAGCAGAGACAAACACUGGAGGAGCGUCGUGUGUCACUUGGUUCUGUUUUCCUUCCUCUUAUGACUCAGUAAAUUGCAUGUAUGUGGUCGGGUGAACCUGUAGUCCUGUCUUUUUGGUCAAGUGGAAAAAUAAUGAUUUCUCAGUUUGCAUCCAUGGCAACGGCGGUUGAUAUUUUCAUCCCAUGUCUUACCACUGCUAUUUCUACACCACAAGAUCGAACAAACAAAAAGAUGAUAUGGAAAUUGAUGCAUUCAAAAUUAUAUGUACUUGUAUAAAUGGUGCAACCGUAAUAAAACAUAUGAAAUUGACUGAAA